GUAUAGAUUGUACUGUGGGCACCGUGGGUGGGAAGAUAAAUGUUAAUGGAGAAUGAGGAGGGCCCGUAGUUUAGAGGCAUUGUGAUUGGCCAAGGACAUCCUAGAGGAGGUCACACAAGUAGGAAUAUAACACGGGGGUUUGGAGUCGCUCGCAAGUUCUUUGCAAACCAACUCAGGUUCUGUUGUUACUCUAUGCAGUUACAAUAAAGCCUUGAUCAUUCAACCCUAGUCCUUCGCCUACCUCUCGUAUUUGUGCAUUAGAUUGUCGGUUUUAUCCACAACAAUGCAUGUUACAGAAAAUGCUGUAAUGGCCACUGACACGCGCAAAAGGAUACGAGAACUAGGAGGCGGGGGGACUCUUAACAAAAAUGUACCUCAUGGUUCCAUAUGUUUGAAAUACAUGUAAUAAAAUAUAUAAUUUUGGUUAUUUCUUAAAUAGAAAAUGCCUAAACGUGUUCCUCCCCUCAAAACCCAAAAUAAUCAUUGAUUCCUACUGAUUGCUCGUAGGAAUCUUACGAAAAAUACCAAACGUUGUAUGACGAUACGUUGCUUGAUUGGGAUGCAUGUUUGACUUGGAGAUGAAUUCAUUUACAAGCAUGCAAUUGAAAACAUCCGGGGCUUUAGCCCGGGGGGGAGCACCGUCCUGACUCCUGUGUGCUACUGUAUCUUAAUUAAUUAAUUAAUUGAUUAAUUAAUCAAGGGCGCCCCCAACACAUAGGUCGCCUAUAUGCUGAGCGCCAUCAGCAAAAAUGAGACAUUAGAAUAGCCUAUAUAGCCUGCAUGCACCUACACAGCAAAAUCGGUAGCGUUAAUUUGAGUUAAAAUUUUCGGUGUUAACUAUUCAGAGUUAACAAGUGUUGAUUUUAGAGUUAUUGUAACACUUACAGUGCUGAAAACGCUCUGUAGCUGGGGUUAUUUCAAGGAGUCAAUACCCAUCACUUAUUUGGAGUUGAUUUCUACAUCCGGUUUUUACGCGCUCUUGGGCAUGAAGAGGCUGCUAGAAGUUUGGUGUCGAGAUCGAUCGUGGAGUUUGUUAAGGUGCAGUUUUAGGACAUGUUGCUGAAAGUGAAAUACCUCAGUGUAAAGAAGUACAUCAAAUUGCACGCCAGCUUUACUUAUUUGGAAUUUAUAAGUGAAGUCAAAACCAAGUUUGGACUUCAGGAUGCUGCUCAUCUUGAAAUUUUCGAUGAAACUGACACAGCAGUUGACGAAGAAACUUUUCUUGAGUUAUUGGAGGCCCAUCCAGACCUAUGCCUGACAGUACGUCAAAGGAUUUCAGAUGAAGAUUUUUCUCCUUUAGCUCAUUCAACACCAUCUUACUCGGAUACAGCAUCUUCCCUCACGGAUACCAUAUCACUUUCAUCAAGCGACAGUGACCUAAGGGAACAUGGUAUUCCUGCAGGCCGCAGUAGAUCAAGUAAAGAAGACAUGGGCAGUUCUGCAGCGAAAGAGAUGGUUGAAGAUGCCUUGAAUAGGAAGCCUGGUGGAGAGGAUAUCCUUGAAAAAUACAGGGGAGAAAAUUCACUAAGCCACCGCACCCGGAGACAGCUUGUAAACAUAUUGGCAAGUGAUAUGACCGAGAAACAUGGCAGGUUUCCCUCCCGUCAGCAAAAGGAGAAGUAUGCCCUAGGAAUUAUUACUGUCUUUCCUUCACUGAAGGAUCCCUUUUCUCCAAAGGGCUAUGAGCAUUUCUACGAUGGCGUGAAAGGGACUGGAUAUUUAGCAUGGCGCCUCAAGACCAUGACUAGGUCUACAACUAAACGGCCAGUGAAGGAAGUCUCAGUGCCUCAAGAACAAGGGCCAAAGCGCCGAAGAUCAGCAACCACACUGCCUCAGCAACUUGAUGGAGAUGCCUGCAAGGAGGCCAUUUCAUUUCUUGUUCACUCUCCUGAUGAAGCAAGUGUAUUUCAGAGGAUGAAAAUGACGUUCCAACAUCGCCAGGACCUUGUCCAUGACCCACAAAGAACUGCAGAUGUCUUAAAAACAUUUCCACGUUUUUUGGAUGUUAAAGGACUAGUCAAUCAAGACUUCCUGCUGCUGUUUGGUGCUGAAACAGCCACCAAGUUCCUUGAAAAGUGGGACACCUCAUUCAAGCCAAAAGUCAUCAAAGAGGCCAAACAGCUGACUCCGUCAACUGACCUGUGUCAUUUGCUAAAAGCUGCAGAGAAGCUUGCAGAGAAUGAUGACAAUGACUGGGACAGUGACAUGGCUUCUGUGCUGCUACUGCUUCAUCUUUUGCCACCUUCAGCUGGACGGAAGAGGAGGACCAAAAUAAGUCCAAGGGAUGCAGCAGACAAAAUGGUGCACUUUCACAAGUCAUGCUGCAGCAUCGAUGAACACCUGCAAGAAAGAGAUGGCAAAUCAUACAUCCUUGCAGUCGGCCGAAUCCAGAGCAGGAUUGACACCUUUUACAUCGCAGUGGACAAACAACUCAUCCCCUGCCAAGCCACCAGCUCACUGGGUGCUUUUGAUGAACUUUUCAAAUCCCACUACGUGUUCAACUUAAAUUACGACGAGUCCCUGGUUCAUUUCUACAGUUUUGUGCAGACUACCAUUUUCAACAUUGACGCUACCUCAACAGACGAGUCACCGCGUGUUCGUGAGUUGCGUGCUAAAAUUUUGAAUGAGAACAAUGUUUAAAUGUUUCAUCUGUCAAUCGCUGCAUAUCAGCAGUCAGGCUUCGAUAAGUCAUUUGCGACUAGGCCACAGUUUUUAUCCAAGCACCAAAUUUAAGUUGGCUUGUUCACAAGAAAGUUGUAGGCGUCAGUUCACGUCAUUUUCUGGUUUUAAAAAACAUUUAAAUAGUGUUCAUGAUGAAGAUUGUUGUCAAAGUGGUGAUGCAGAAACCUCAGAGUCAUUUCAGGAUGAUUUUUUCAUUCAGGAUGAAGUUGCGGAAACAAGUGUCACACAGAGCCUUGAGGCUGGUUGUUCUGAAAACAAUGGAUCUGGUCAAAGAAUGGAAGAAAAAACGAAAUCCAUUUUAACUACUAUUGUUGGUAAACUCAGUGGUAGUGAUUUGGCAAAUAGUUUUGGGACAUCACUUGUUAAUGAUUUGGAAGAAUUUGCUGAUGGACUGCACUGUCAGUUCAAGCAAAAAGUACUCUCCGUUGUGCCAAAAGAUAAUCCUGUAAGAUCUACAUUGGAAAAAUGUCUUGAGACUUUUGACAACCCAGUUGAGGGCUUUGAUACAGAAGCUAAAAGAAAGACAUAUUUCAGUGCAAAAUGGGGAAUUGUCGAGCCAGUGGAAAAAACUUUAGGAAUUCGUUAUGAUACAAGGUUAAAUAAAAAUACAGGAACUUAUGACCAGGUACCAGUGAAAGACACUUUUGUGUACAUUCCAAUUUUGGAAACCAUCAAAUUUAUCUGCCGCAAUACUUAUAUUUGCGAGCUGCUGGCUAAACCAGGUGUAUCAAAAGAAGACCGAUAUGAUGACUUCUGUGAUGGAAGUUAUUUUAAGUCUCAUCCAUUGUUUUCAAAACAACCAAUCUCUUUGCAAAUUCAACUGUUUUACGAUGACUUUGAGACAGCUAAUCCACUUGGUUCCAAACGUGGGUUUCACAAAAUUGGUGCAAUGUACUUUGUCCUCAGAAAUCUGCCCCCAAAGUUAAAUUCUGCAUUGAUGAACAUUCAUUUGGUUUCAUUGUUUCAUGCAGAAGAUGUGAAAAAACAUGGCUUUGAUCCUAUUUUACAGCCAAUGAUUGAUGACAUAAAAUUAUUGGAGCGUCAUGGUAUUGAUUUACCCUUCUCAUCUGAAAAGGUCCAUGGCACUAUAUGUCAGAUAACUGGGGACAACUUGGGGAUGCACACAAUUUUGGGUUUUGUAGAGUCUUUCAGUGGACGUCACUACUGUCGUUUGUGUUUAAUUUCAAAAGAAGAUGCGCAGAGUGUGUAUACUGAGGAUGAUCAAAGGUAGUCUUACGAGGGAAAGAGCUUUUUGAAAUGCACUGCAGAGAGUUGCAAUCCGAUCCUCAAAAGCUGCAUGUGUUUGGAUUAAAAAAGAAUUCAACACUGAACAGUUUACAGUUCUUUCAUGUUUGCCAGAAUUUUUCCUUGGACAUAAUGCACGACAUUCUUGAAGGGGUGGCACAGUAUGAGAUAAAGUUGCUCUUGGAAUAUCUUUCCGACAAUUUUCUGCCAAAACCUGCUCUUUUGUCACGGAUCUAUGCUUUUGAUUAUGGCUACUCAGAGCGCAAAAAUCGUCCAACAAGGGUGAACUUGGACAGUACUGGCAAUAGUAUAGGCCUCAACUCCAUUCAGACUCUUUGUCUAAUAAGAAACGUUCCUUUAAUUUUUGGUGACAUUGUGCCAGAAGGAAAUCAGAACUGGACCUUGCUAUUGCUUUUACUACAAAUAAUUAACAUCAUUUUCUCUCCAUCAGUUUCAAUUGGCAUGACUGUGCAUCUAAAGCAUUUAAUAAUGGAACACCAUUACUUGUUCAAACAGUUAUAUCCAGGGAGAAACCUGAUUCCCAAACACCACUUUAUGUUGCACUACCCUACUUGUAUCAGGAAAAUUGGACCCUUAAUACAUGUAUGUGGUAUGAGAGGUGAGGCUAAACAUAGGGUAUUUAAAAACACCCUGUGUCACUUGCCAAAAAACACCAAGCAUCCAUAGCAUACAAGUGGGAGACAUGUCCUUUUAACAAUGUUGAAUAUGGGCCCUUAAAAUUGUUCAAUGUUGAAGAUGAGGAAAUGAUCACCCAAGGCUUGCCUGCUGCAGAAGACACUUUCUCUGCUAACUGGGUUAUUAUUAAUGGGACCGAAUACAGAGCAGGAUUGGUCAUUUGCUGUGGUUCGAAACAUGACAUGCCUGUGUUUUGUAGUAUAAAAAAAAUUGUUUUGGUCAAUAGUGUCACCUUCUUUUUAGUUAACAAGCUUUUUGUUGAAAAGUUCAAUGAGCAUUGCCAUGCCUAUCAAGUCUUUGAAACCGAUGAAAACAAUGUUAUUAGAGCAGAUUCUAUUGAAAUGUACAAGCCCUUUGACUUACAAAGUUCUUAUGGCAAUGACAAUGGACUUUACAUUGUGCCAUUAUUUUAUUUGUAAAAGUACAAUGUUUCGAUGGUGCUUGGAAUGUAUUAAAAUUGUAAUGUGAAUGGAAUGUAUUAAAAUUGUAAUGUGAAUGUAAUGUCAUCAUCUUUCUGUUUUUUUUUUCACUGAUAGUAACACAAUUGCACUUCAAUGUGCUAUAAGUAUUAGACACUAAAUACAGAUUAGAAUUUAAAAACUCAUAGAGCACUCUAAAGUCUCAUACAAUAACACUGUAAAUGUUAUAAAGUAACACUGUAAGUGAAAAAGAGUUAACACAAUUCAGUGUGAAAAUGAACACUUAAAAGUGUUAUAAAUAACACCAUGGAUGUUAUGAAGUAACACUCCCAGUGAAAAGAGCUAACCUUAUCCAGUGUUAUAGUGAACACUUAAGUGUCCUAAUCAACACCACAAGUGUUAUGAAAUAUCACUCCCAGUGAAAAGAGUAACACUUAGAGUGUUAGAUUUUUAACACCACAAUGUAGUUAAAAUAUUAACACUUUGCAAAGUGUUGAUUUAACUCAGAACCAGUGAGGAUUAUAUAAACACUAAAAAAGUGUUGAAUGUAACACUAUGGGAGUUGAAUUAACACUGGCUUUUUUUCUGUGUACCCGAUGUCAGGCCCCCAGCCAGGCAACGGCAAGUAAGUAGUAGUCUGCUUUUAUGUUUCAUUUUUAAGUUAUUACUUGUAGUCAGUGUAUGUUUAAUGUUACAGAUAAAAACAUGCUUUAUAUUUAGUCAACAUUUCAGAGUUCUAAUGUUUUCCCUGGAAUAUGCAUUCCUAAACUGUUCACGUCAUGUUCUCUUUAAGAUCGCAUGAGAUGAUAUGUGCUAUCGCGCGACCUGUAACCAGGACGUAGAUUGAAAUAAUAAAAAAAUAAUCUUCCCAGACUGUUUCUGUUACUUGCUUAUGCUGUAUGCAAGUUGUGUAAGAAGCUUAUCGGCAUAUAAAUCUGAGCUGUACAUGAAUCUGUUAAUGAAGUCUCAUUUCGACUCCUUCCUCCACUUCACUAUUCAUGUUCUGUUGCUUGCAGUUAACUACAGCCGCCCUUCCUGGGUAACGCCACCACCAAUCCCUGGUCAUCCAUUGAAGCCAUCUCUCUCACUCUGCACAGUCACACUGUUGCCGCUUCAUUCUCAUUGUCUCAUAAUCUCAUUAUUAUGGCUGCUGUGGAUGCUUUAAAAAAUAAACAUUUUUC